AUGGACGCGAGCAUGAUGGCUGGACUCGAUGGUCUUCCUGAAGAAGACAAAGCGAAAAUGGCUUCCAUGAUCGAUCAGCUUCAGCUUCGUGAUAGCUUGAGGAUGUACAAUUCGCUGGUGGAGAGGUGUUUUGUGGACUGUGUCGAUACCUUCACGCGCAAAACUCUUCAGAAACAAGAGGAGACUUGUGUUAUGAAGUGUGCUGAGAAGUUCCUCAAGCACACAAUGCGUGUUGGUAUGCGGUUUGCCGAGCUCAAUCAGAACGCACCAACCCAAGACUGA